AUGGGUCCCAACGUGACCCCUCGAAACCGACAGAUCAUGAGCUCCUUCAUCCGCCACCUUCACGAUUUCACGCGCGAAGUCGAGUUGACGAUGGAUGAAUGGAUGACGGCUGUCCAUUUCGUCAACUUCGUGGGUCAGAUAUCGAACAAGACUCGCAACGAAGCCCAUCGCGUGUCUGACAUCCUCGGUCUCGAAUCACUCGUUGAUGAGAUUGCGAACAAAAUCGUCACAGAAGGCGACCUCGACCCAACUUCGUCGUCCAUUCUCGGUCCCUUCUGGUCGCCUGAUGCGCCCUUCCGUGAGCUGGGCGACAGCAUCAUCCAAGAUCCAGCGCCUGGCGGUCGGGUUUGUAAGAUGCACGGCACCAUCACCGAUCUCAGCACGGGGAAGGGCAUCGAAGGAGCGGUGUUUGACAUUUGGCAGGCGUCGUCGAACGGCCGCUAUGAUUUCCAGGACCCGGAGAACCAAACGCCCAACAACCUUCGAGGCAAAUUCCGCGCGGAUGAGGAGGGAAGAUACUGGUUUUAUUGCUACCAUCCGACGGCGUACAGUCUUCCCCGCGAUGGACCUAGUUUCAAGCUGUUGAACAUGAUGGAUCGGCACCCGAUGCGGCCGGCGCAUAUUCAUAUAAUGGUCACACAUCCAAAAUUCAGGGGAUGCACCACCCAGCUGUACCCCAACGACGAUCCCUGGCUCUCAACCGACACCGUCUUCGCAGUCAAGGACGAUCUCUUGUGCGACUUCAAACCUCUCAAGGGCGACGACAAGGCUGAGCUCGAACUCGAGUACAACGUCAUCCUCGCUCCAAGGGAUUACAAGGCCAAGAACACAUAA